UUCCUUCAGGCUGCAUCCUGUGCAGAGGAUCACGUUCAUGACUGUAGUAGAGGCGGAGUUUAGGGUCAAAGUUUUUCACUGAAUUCGGAUUGUUGCUCCCAAAAACUGCGCACAAAUGCGGCGUUAGCCGUUAGCAACAUUGUUUCAGCAACAUAACAGUGUUCAACUCAUGUGACCCCCGAGAAAAAUGUCCCGUUUUCUGAGGCAUUUCACAGCGGUAGGUGAUGAGCAAACCACCGCCACACAGUGGCAGGACGAUGAACCGCACGAUGCCAGUGAAGACCUGGAGCUGGCCACAGGACAGCACCUGGGGCAGGUCAGCUUCAGAGACUCCCUACGCCGCCUUUAUAGUACAGAGAGAUUCCAGAUUGUUGUUGUUUGCUUGGUCGUCUUGGACGCCAUUUUCGUUCUGUGCGAGUUGCUUAUUGACUUGUCUAUCAUUCAAGCAGAUCAUCACAGAAUCGCUCCGCAGGUAUUCCACUAUCUCAGCCUCGCCCUUCUCACAUUCUUCAUGGUGGAGCUGUGCGGAAAAAUCUAUGCCUAUCGUCUAGAAUUUCUCCACCAUAAGUUUGAGGUGUUUGAUGGGGUUGUGGUGGUGGUGUCUUUCAUCCUGGAUAUUGUAUACAUCUCAAAGGAAGAUGCGUUUGAUGCCAUGGGGCUUCUGAUCUUGCUCAGGUUGUGGAGAGUGGCCAGGAUUAUAAAUGGUAUCAUCAUGUCUGUGAAAAAUCGCGCCCAUCACAAAGUCCAAAAAAUAAAAGAGAUCAAUGAAAACCUUGUUCAUCAAGUCAAUGAACUUAAAGAGCGAAACACAAGAAUGGACCAAGAAAAUGCCAGGCUUCGUGCACUCUUAAAACAACAUGGCGUUGAGUUUUGAUUCUCCAUGGUUAUUCAUUAAACACAUCACAAGAUGAGACUGAGCUUAAGAGUAAUCAUGUCUAUUCAUUCCAUAUGAAAUGUGAAUAAGGUCGUGUUGCAGUGUGAUGUGUUUAUUGUCGCUCAAAGCCAUGUCAAUCUCCGGCAGAUCUUUAACAGCACACACAAAGGGGGUUGGUUUUUUAAAGCCAGUGACUCAUGUAGGUCAAAUAACAAAAAGGGAUAUCUAUUAACUACACAAGUUAUAUAUGCUGAAAUUUUAAACUUGCCUCAAUAGAUUAUAAAAUGAUUGAUUUUUGUUCGUUCUGAAUCAAUGUUUUCUAAAAUCAGUAUCAGUAUUGUUGUUUUAUCUAUGAACUGUACAAGUUUUCUCAUUAUAAAUGUGAAUGUGUUUGAGCAGCUGAAAGCUUUGCAAUAUAUACUAUUUUGUAAAUGAGAUUUGAAAUAUUAAUAUACCAACAUAUCUGCCUGGCUGAUGAACUGGCUUAUUAGCAGUGGCAUUUCACUCCUGUAACAUCAGUUACAAAAUUAACAACAGAUUUUGCAAUGGAUAUGUGCACAGGUUCUGUUCUUAAAUGUUUUAGUGAGUUUUAAGUAAAUAUUAUAAAAAAUAUUUC